AUGGACGCCGAUCCGAGUCCUCUAGCCGCAACUGCCGUCAGCGCCCUCGCCGCAGGCCGCUCUACCCUCGUCCUCGGCCUGAGCAACGCAUCACGCUCCGGCCCGGCGGGUGCUGUGCCCGAGGCGCUGCUAAGCGCCCGUGGCGUAGCCGGCGCUGCCCUGAGCGCUCUCCUCGCCUCGGCAUCGAGCUCGCACGAGCUGGCGCUCGCCGCCUUUGCCGUCGCCCACACUCACGACGAGCCAAUCUUUGACCUGUUGGCGCCGCUGGCACUCGACGGGCACGAGUCUGCAACUUCGCGGGCGUCGGCGGCAGCAGAUGCUCCGCCGCGUUUCACUGUCGAUCCUGUGCUGGGCGUCUCGGUGGCCGGCCUCGCACUGGCGCCGCUGCCGGACGCCACCGCUGCCGGCGAGGCACUGGCUCUGGUCGAGGCACAGGUUGAGCUUCUUGCGGCUGCGCGGCCGCACCUGCUCCCGCUCUCGAUUGUGGUCGAGAUUCGGCGGCUCAAGGUUGACAGCAAGCGUGAGACUGGCGCGUUUGCCAAGAUCACUCUCGUGGCUGCUGCGCCGUAUGACGGCACGUUUCUUGUUCGCGAGCCAUCGUCACUCCUUGACGGCUCGCUGCUCUCGCUGUCGCUCAAGUACGCCCGCGUCCGCGAGUCGUUGCUCUGCGCCAAGUCGCGUGCGGCGCUGCCGAACGUCAUCUCGGCGCUGGUCUCGCACGUCUCGGGCGCGGCGUCGGGCCUGGUUCCUUCGGUCCCAUACGCCGACUCGGUGGUUACCGCUUUGCUCGAGCCGGCGCUCUCUGGCGCCGACGAGUUGCAUGUCAUCGGGUGGCUUGAUGGCUCGCAGCGGGCAUUUGGCGCAGCGGCGAUGCUGGUCCAGCUGCUUGAGAAGCUUGCGCACGCGCUCUCGAUUGUCAACGUUCCACGCGAGUCGUGGAGCAAGCCGCGGGGACUAACGGUCGAGGCCUUUGAAGCUGCGCUUCUGGCGGCGUCGCCGAUGGUUGAGGCAGCUUCGUUUGGCACCUCGCGACUGGGCCUGACGUCGCAGGCAGCCGUCUCCCUCCUCGCUCGUGCGCGGCUGGAGGAGCAGAGCAUUGCCGCGCGGGUUGCGUGGUUCCAGGCCGGGGUUCAGCGGCAUGCGCGGAAGAGCUCGGGCAGCGGGGCUCGGGCAAGCGGGCCGGCACCCCGGCGUGGCAUGUCGCCUGUCCCGGUUGCAGGAGAGCGGCUGGCAGCGUUGGGCGUCCAGCUUGCACCGCCAUGGUCGUACCCUUCGUCAGAGACUGGCGAGGUUCGAAUGUUUGCCAUCACUCCGUCGGGUGCGCCCAAGUCGUCUGUGGCGUACGUUCUCCGCGAGGGAAACACCUGCGUGGGCGCGGUGCCAACGCCGCGGGGAAGCGGCGCUGCCGCAACGGUCCGAGGCGUUCUCAUCCUCACCGACCACGCCGAGUUUGUAGUGUCGACGCCAAAGUCUGCGCCGGCUCUUGCAGUCGUGGCGAUCAACGGGAGGCGGAUUGAGGCGCCGAGUGUCGUCUCGCCGGGCGAUGUUGUCCUCCUCGGGGCAUCGAUGGCGUGGUGGUACGCACCGCUGCCGAGCGAGGAGACGGCGGGCGCCAACGUGGUGCCGCCAUCGUGGGCCUCCAUCUUGCUCCAGUACACGGCCGCCAGCCUCUUUCUGGACAACGAGGGCCUCGGCUCGUCGGUGGGCGGGCCGCCGAACGCACUGCCGCAGUCUGUACGCGGCGAGCUGGCUCGUGCGCUGCAGAGCGUGAUGGCGGUGGACGCUGCGAGCAAGAUGGCCAGCAUGCUCAACUCGACGACUACGUACGAGCUGGUGCGGACGCCGGCGCUGAGGGCGGCCCUGGCCUCGCUGGCGACGAUGGCCACCGGAGGGCAAGACGGCGGGGCCGGGCUCGAGGUUCAGGAUCCGCUGUUCCGUCUCUGCUUUGCGACUCGCAAUGGUGGAGACAAAGACGGGAGCAAUGCCGGCGACGCUUCCAAGAGCGAGCAGGCCAUGAUUGGGCCGACCGACUUUGCGCUCCACCUCGACGCGCUCACGGAGCUCUUUGCGCUUGUGGCUCACUCUGGCAAGCUGGGCGCGGUGGCGGCAGGCGCCCCAGUGCGUGUGCCACCCGGACACGCCGCGAGCGUGCUCGACCCGCUCCUCCCACUCCCGCACGACGUCAGGAUUGGCAAGGCGAGCGUGUCACUGGCAAGCAUGGGAAAGUUGAAGGCGAUGCGGGCCCAGGCCGAGCUGACGGGUGAGCCUGGAGCGAGUGGCGUGGUGACGGUGGCAGGCUAUGCAGUGCCAGACGUGGCGGCGAUUGCCAACAAGGGCGCCGGCUCGUCGUCGACGUUGUACGACGACAAGCUGCGGGUGUUUGUGCUGCAAGUGGAGAGUGCUGAGAGCGUGCCGACGACGCUGUCGAGUGGUCUGUACGCGAUCUUUGACUUUGCGGGCGGGCUCGGGGCGACGCCGCGGGUGGUGCACUCUGUCUCACAGUCGCUGCGCUUCGGGCAUGCGCACGUCUUUAGCUGCCGCGAGUCUUCGCGGCUGUUCCAGGCCCUGGCGACCACAAGCGUCACGGUUGCGGUCUACGGCCACGGUUCCGUGGUCGCCUCACAGAACGCCGGGCUCAAAGUCCAGCUGGAAGAGGUAGCAAGCGAGCUGGCGGUAGCUAGCGCAGAGCUUGCGCGCCUACAGGCCGAUAACGCGGAGCUGCAGGCGCAAGUUAAGGAGCUGCAGGCUGUGCCUGAGGGAGAUCUGGACGCGUUGGUGGCCAUGUCGGUCAAGGACCACGCGGCGGCCGUUCAGCAGGCACAGACCGAGCUGGAAGAGGUGGAGGCUGAGCGGGCGGCGGUGGCGGCCGAGCUGGAUGCGGCUUUGAGCGAGAACGCGACGCUGAAGCCGCGGGCCGAGAUGAUGGAAGAGUCGCUGGCACAGAUGACACCGCAGAUUGAGGCGCUGCGGAUGCAGAACGUCGAGCUGCAGCGCAAGAUUGAGUCGUCGGCAUCGGAGCGCGAGCUACUGGCGCAGGUCAAGAUCCGGCGGCUGCAGGCCGAGAACGCGUCGCUCACCGACGAGCUCGCCGCCCUUCACGAGUCGAACAUGCACAUGGACGAGGUGCGUGCGCUGAUUGCACAGUCGCGGCAAAAGUCGCGGGCGUGUGUCAUAUCCUGAGCACGAGGAAUGCUUGCUUGCGGAGCUGCAGUUUACGUUCUGGUGUCGAUGCCGCCGCCGCCGUCGUUGGCAUUGCCGAGGGGGUACUUGUCGCACUCGGGCCCGGCAAGCUCCUUGUAGGCCUCGAGCUUGUCUGGGAGGACAAACCAGCGGAUGCGCUGGGAGUACCACUCGCGGACUUCCUCGGGCUCGAACGACCACCACAGCGGAAUGUCCGGCGAGUCCCAUGGGAACGAGUUGUAAAAGUACAGGUGGUUGA